AUGAAGAUCCCAUACGCAGCCAGUCUCCUUUUAGGAGCUGUCUCCGUCGGCGCCCACAAACCCGCCGAGUACUCCUACGAAUCCACUGAGGAGAACCGUCCUGACCUGAACGGUCAAGUCACCGGUGAAAUUCAAUGGCAAUCACCGCCUGUCAAUUCGACUCUCCUGAAUAUCAAACAAUUCCGCACGACCUGCACUGGUCGGAAAUGGGGUCAUUACUGUGAACAAGCCGUUGACGGCAAGAGUGACACCUAUUGGGAAAGUGACAACCUUGACAGAGGGCCACCAUGGAUUUCAAUUGAUCUCAAGACCGUGCACAACGUCAGCGGCUUAACGAUGCUGCCUCGGUUGGAUGACAGUGCCACUGAGGGCCAGAUUGCCAACCACCGUGUCUACCUCAGCAAAGAUGACCGGAACUGGGGUGAGCCGGUGGCUUACGGAACUUGGGGUAAGAACAAAGGCAUGAAGCUCGCUGCUUUCAACCCCACAGCUGCGCGCUACGUGAAACUGGUCGGUGAUACCCCCCGUCUGCCGGACACACCUGAGGGGUGGCAUGAGCCUGCUAUGAUCGUCAACCUCGGAAUCUACGUUGCCGAUUACAGGCUCCCCAUUGAGCCCGGCAAGGGCGCCUGGGGACCAACACUCGAUUUACCCGUUAUUCCUGUUGGCGCGGCCCAGGAGAAAAAUGGUCAAAUCGUGCUCUGGUCAGCUUGGGCCGAUGACCAGUUCUUUGCUUCCCCCGGUGGCAAGACGCUCACCACAACAUGGAACCCCAAGACCAAGACUAUUGAGCAGACUGUGGUCGCCGACACCCAUCAUGACAUGUUCUGCCCGGGCAUGUCCAUGGACUUCAAUGGAAGCAUCGUUGUGAGUGGCGGUGGUGACGCUGGUCGAACAAGUAUUUUCAACGGAGAUACCUGGGAGUAUGGUCCGGACAUGCGCCAGCCUCGCGGAUACCACGCAACCACUACUCUCUCCGAUGGUCGAAUCUUCGCGAUCGGAGGCUCUUGGAGCGGUGGCAACAAGGAGGAGAAGAACGGCGAAGUGUACAACCCUAUCAAGAGGAAGUGGUACACCCGCUCUGGUGCCAAGGUUAACCCUAUGUUGACCAAUGACCGACUGGGUCGCUGGCGUGCCGAUAACCACGCCUGGCUGUUCGGAUGGAAGGACGGAAGCAUUUUCCAGGCUGGACCGAGUAUGAAGAUGCAUUGGUACACUGUUGAUGGAAGCGGCAGCACCACUCUCGCUGGAAGGCGCAUGGAUGACCAGGACGCCAUGUCGGGCAAUGCUGUCAUGUAUGAUGCUGUUCGCGGCAAGAUUCUAACCUUUGGUGGCCAGCCUUCGUACGAUGGUUCUGACGCCUCCAAGAAUGCCCACAUCAUUACAUUGGGAACCCCACUUGAAGAGCCUCUUGUCCAAAUUGCUGGCAGGGGUUCUGGCGGCGGAAUGAACUUCCCCCGAGUCUACCACACUUCCGUUGUCCUUCCCGACGGAAAAGUCUUUAUUGCAGGUGGUCAGGCAUGGGGACAGCCAUUCAACGAGCACACCGUCCAGUUCUACCCGGAGAUGUACAACCCCGAGACGGAUACUUUCGAGCUUUUGAAUGGGCACAACAUUAUCCGUGUCUACCACAGUAUUUCCAUGCUGCUCCCGGAUGCGACCGUCCUGAAUGGUGGUGGUGGUCUGUGUGGGAACUGCUCUGCGAACCACUAUGACGCACAGAUCUUCACUCCUCCCUACCUGCUCACUGCUAGUGGUGAAAUGCGGGAGCGCCCCAAGAUUCUCACCGCUGAUGAGCGAGUCAUCGUGGGUCGGGAUUUGAAAUUCUCCUCUGACAAGCACAUUGCAUCGGCGUCUCUUGUUCGACAAGGAACCACCACCCACACUGUCAAUACUGAUCAGCGUCGUGUCCCACUUGAGUUGGAUGCUCAUGAAGGCCACGUCUUCACUGCCAACCUUCCUGAGAGUGCUGGUAUCUUGCUUCCUGGCUGGUAUAUGCUGUUUGCUUUAGAUGCCGAAGGCACGCCCAGUGUAGCUACUAUGGUCAAGGUUGAGCUGCCUGAGUACGCAACCAUCGAGCUUGAAGAAAUGAUGGAGGGAGAUAGCGAUGAUGGAGAGCUCGAGGAUCAUGCGGAAUGUGAGGAAGAGGAGAUGGCCGGAAUGAUUUCUGCUAUCCUAUCCUCGCCUGGUCGAGUCUGGAAGUCGUGGAAGCCUCUUCUCGUUUUGCAGGGUUAG